AUGAUGGACCUAAGUCUUCAGCAUCGAGAGUAUCCCCCCAACGUAGACGAGGCUUCCCAGCUAUCGGGCCCCUACUUCGUCGUUCCCUCGCCCACCACGACGUUUUGGGAGGAGCUUGAGUCGUCUUGGCCCUGGCUCCCUUCUCUCCAGGACCAAACACAGACGUCUUACGGCGAAGAGCUUCCUGGAAGUCACUUUCUUGGCGAUUGGGUACAGCUGCCGCUUCCAGAGUUACCGUCCCUCGGCCCUGCUCUCCCGCAAGACCGCGCUUCGAAGUCACAGAAUGAGGCGUAUCUUGAGCCAUCGGAUUGUCAGGCUGCAGCAAUCCCUGGUGUUCAUGGCCAAAGCUACUUUUGUCAGCCUUCACAAGGUGGGUUUUGGGAAAUUCAACCCCAGAUGGGCUGGUUUAUACAUGACAAAUAG